UUUUAAUAUAUUAUAAAAUAAUUAUAACGUUAUGGUUUGAUUUCGGUUUGACCUAAUGGUUAAACUGGUGACCCCUUCAUCUAAUCCUUUUUUUGGUUCUCUCACCAAUUUGAUUUUUAAAACAUUGGUGAGUAGUGAAAUAUCGACUAACAAAUUUAGUUGCCAAAAGUAUUAGCUGUUUUUCCUGACCAAUCACUUGGUCACAAAUUUAUGAAAUUUAGAAGGAUUUGAAUUUUUUUCCCUACUACAAGUUUUGGUCGCCACAUAAUACAAUAGUUAUGCUAACCAUGAAAACGAUGUCUUUUUGAUAUCAGUGACCCAAAAUUCAUUAAUGGCUAAAAGUUAUUUUGCUCUUCUUUCUUUCUUUCUUCUUCUUCUUUUUUUUUUUUUUUCACCUUCCUGCUUCUAGUUUUUGUAACCAAUAUUUGAAAUUAGUCAUAUGACACAAUAUUUUUGCGAUUAAAUCACAUUAGUCGUGGAAAAUAAAAACUUUUCGCUACUAUUUUUUUCUUUUUUAUUCGGCAAAUAUGUGCUUUUUGUGACUAAAUAGUAUUUAGUCAGCAAAAGUGAUAGUUUUUCUAUAUGCGACAAAAUUUCAAUGGUCGCUAAAAUUUUUAUGUCUCCCACUCUUUUUUUGUCACUCUACUUCAAUUUUUCGCUCGCCAAAAACUUGAUUUUUGCAACUAAAUCAUGUUAGUCGUGGAAAAUAAAAAAAUUUGGCUUCCAAAUUUUUUUUGGUCAACAAAUGUGAUCUUUUCGUAACUAAAAGUUAUUUAGUCGGCAAAAGUAUAAUUUUUUGUAGUGAAUAUCCAUAACGGAAAAUUAGUGAAAUAUCUCUCUCUAACUUUGUGUAGUAGAAAAGGUCGAAGACGGUUUUUUUUUUAAUUAGCUAAGGUUUCUUAACAUUUUCACAGAGAAAAUUCGACUUAUAGAAAUUUUGCCCGAUUUAGAGAAAUUUCACCCGACUCAAAGAAAUUUUAGCCCUAAAAAUUGAAAUUUCUUUGAGUCGGACAAAAUUUCUUUGAGUCGAAUUUUCUCUCUAGAAAUGUUGAGAGACCAUAACUACUAUGAAAAUAUUGUAUGUUCUUUAUCUUAUAAAAUUUUAAUAUCGUGGACUUUAAAAAAAUUUCUCUAUCCAUAACCUCACGAUUGUGUUCUAAUUGUUUUUAGAAUAUUAUCAAAAUCAUGCUAGUUGUUUUUUAUUAUUAUUUUUAUAAAUAUAGUCUUGUUAUGGGAUUACAAAUAUCCGAUUAACCUGAUUUAUUUUAUGAAUAAUCUAUCCAACACACUUUACGAGAUAAGCAGUUCGGAUCAUCAAACCAUUCGUCGAGUAAAACUUAAUAUUUUUAGUAAUUAAACUCAAUGUGAGUGUAUAUAUAAUAUUUAAAAUAUUAUUUUUCGUUGAGCUUAUGAUAAGAGUAUUUUUUUAAUCAAUUUUAAUUUUAAAAAAAAUAAACAGAUAGUUUAGAUUGAAAAGAAAUCAAAAGAUAAAGAUUUAAAUUAAUUAAAUUAAAAGCAUAGGUUUUAUUUAGGGCAAUUAUAUUGGUGGACUCUAUAUUUUGUCACUUGUGUCAUUUUAGUCCCUCUACUUCCAUUUGACUUAAUUUAGACCAUUAAUUUCAAAUGAUAAUGUCCUUAGUAUUUUUUUACAGCAAAUAAUCAUCGAAUUGGUUGAGUUUAACUCAUUGAGUUUAGUAAAUUUAUAAUUUUACUCUAUAUGACACAUACCACUUAUAUGUAUAUUUUUCAUUAGCAAAUGCUAAGAGCUGUAAUCAAUUAGAACAAAUUGAAACAAAAUCAUAAAUUCAAGAUUAAAAUCGUGCUAAUUGAGAUAUAAAGAUGAAAAUGACCCAAGAACCAGUACAUGGAUUACUGCUACAAUUUGCCCUUUAUGUUGUUACAAGGGUCAAAUCCUAAUUUUUUUUAAUUGUAAUUUAUUCUCUUUUGUAUCAUAUUUAUAAAUUAUAUACAUAUAUAUAUAUUUUUUUAUUGAUAGAAAAAAUAAAGGGUAAAUUACAAAUAUAAGAUUUGCUUCAAUAUAAAUUAUCUCUUAUGAUUUUAGAAAUUGCAUCUCGUCCUUUCAUAUUUUUAGUCACAUAACAAAUGAUCUCUCUUAUUAAUAAACCAUUAGCAACCAAGCAAUUAAAUGUGAGCCUUAUAAAUUAAUAAUUCCAAUCUUAUACUAUAAUUCGCCAAUCAAACAAAUCAUUAGUUUACUGGAAACCAUAUAGUCACCCUUACACCACUCAGGCUACUUGUGUAGCACACGUUAUAAAUGGCCAGUCCAUGAGAAGAGACAAAGAUAAUAGAGAGAAAGCUUAGAAAGGUAAAGAGAGAAGAUGGAGAAGGGAAAGAAAUCAUAUUCAGCACAUGUUUUAGCCAUACCUUAUCCAAGCCAAGGUCACAUUAACCCUCUGCUCCAACUCUGUAAGCGCCUUGUCUCCAAAGGACUCAUAGCCACUUUUGCCCUCACCACCUUCAUCUCCAACUCCAUCCACCACCACCACCACCCACCCCAAUCCAACUCAUCACUCCAAUUCGACACCAUUUCCGACGGCUGCGACCAAGCCGGCUUCCCUCAAGCCGGUAGUGUCCAAGACUAUCUCGCACGGUUAGAAGCUCCUGGCUCACAAACCCUAGCAGAGCUCAUCAGGAAGUACGGAAGCUCGGACAAUCCCAUUGAUUGUAUCAUCUAUGAUGCGUACUUGCCUUGGGCUUUGCAUGUGGCGAAACAGUUCGGCUUAGCUGGAGCUACAUUCUUCACGCAGCCGUGUGCUGUUGAUUACAAAUACUACUAUGUUCACCAUGGGCUGAUGAAGUUGCCGGUGGAGUCGUCGCCGGUGUCGAUUCCAGGGUUGCCGUUGCUUGCGCUUCAGGACAUGCCGUCGUUCAUUUAUGUGCACGGCUCUUAUCCGGCUUACUUUGAGCUGGUUUUGAAUCAGUUCUCUAAUGUGGAUAAAGCUGCCUAUGUACUUGUCAAUACCUUCUACCAGUUCGAGGCUCAGGUGGUGGAUUCAAUGUUAAAAUUAGUCGGUCCAUUGAUGAUAAUUGGACCAACAAUUCCAUCUUCCUACUUAGACAACCAACUUGAAAAUGACAAUGAUUAUGGGUUCGACCUCUAUCACUUACAUCCCUCUGCUUGCACCAACUGGCUAAGCACUAAGCCAAAGGGGUCUGUUGUUUACGUUUCAUUUGGAAGUAUGGCUAAUUUAGGAGAAGAGCAAAUGGAGGAACUUGCAUGGGGCUUGCUAGAAAGCAACUUCUACUUCUUGUGGGUAGUUAGGGAUUCAGAGAAGGAAAAGCUACCCACAAAAUUCAAACAAGAGACAUUAGGGAAGGGCUUGUUAGUGGGAUGGUGUUCACAGUUGGAAGUGCUAUCAAGUGAGUCCAUGGGAUGCUUUUUUUCGCAUUGUGGGUGGAAUUCAACAGUUGAAGCAUUGAGCUUGGGAGUGCCAAUGGUGGCGAUACCACAAUGGACGGACUAACUGACAAAUGCCAAGUUUGUGCAAGAUGUUUGGACGGUGGGAGCUAGGGUCAAAGUUGAUGAGAAGGGCAUUGUGAGGAGAGAAGAAGUUGAGGCUUGUAUAAGGGAAGUCAUGGAGGGAGAGAAGGGGAAAGAAAUGAAGGAGAAUGCUGUGAAGUGGAGAGAUGCAGCUAAACAGGCAGUCAGCAAAGGCGGAACUUCUAAUAGGAACAUUGAUGAAUUUGUAUCAAAAUUGACUAGCUCUUUGUGUUAAUCUUAGAAUGAAAUAUAGUUACAAUAAGUGUUGGGGACAAUAGAAGCAUAUAAUGUUAAAGUGUUGGGUGUGAGUAUGCAUAGAGAUGUACAAUUAUAGGAGAGGUACAAAACUCCUUCUAUAUGAAUUUAUUAGUCCACUAUGUUAAUAAAAUUGUGUGAUUAAACAAGACAAAUAGAUUCAUAUUAAUCAGUUAAAUUACAUAA